AUGUUCGGCGACGUGUACGAGAACGCGCGCGAGCGUCUCGUCGCGCGCGCCGUCGAGGCGCCGCUCACGACGCGGCUGCUAGACGACGACGACGACGACGUCGCCGCGGCGGACGCGGACGCGGACGCGGGAGGCGACGGGAUCUCGCGGUCGCCCAGCGCGCUGUCGCUCCGCGGCGCCGCCGCGAAGGCGACGUGGCGCGCGAUCGGCGUCGACGUCGCCGCGGAGGACGACGACGAACAACGCGGCGACGGCGAGCGCGGCGGCGACGGCGGCGAGGUCGAGGAAGCGUCGACGACGACGACGACGACGACGACGACGCCGACGCCGAGUCGAAUGGAACGCGGCGACGGCUCGCGCCUCUUCCGCGCGUCGCCGCUCGCGCCGUCCGGCCGCCGCGAGCGCGUCUACGCGUUCGACCCGUGGACGAAAGUCGCGGUCGUCCUCCGCCCGAGCGCGGCGGAGACCGCGUCGCUGUCGCGCCCGCGCUGGUGCUGGCGACCGCGAGAUCCGUCGUGGUGGGUCGCGUGGUGCUUCCUGAUCGGAUCGAUCGGCUUCGCGGUCGGCGGCUUCGCGUCGUCCACGCGUCGCGUCGCGGAAGACCCGCGCCUCUACUUUCGCCUGGAGGUGAUGCCGUACAUGAUAGGAGGGCUCCACUUCCUCGCGGGCUCGUGCCUCUUGCUGUACACGUCGUGGAAGGCGCGCUACGGAGAGCCCGGCCGCGCCGAUCGCAAACGCGUCGCGAGGAAGCAUCGAUUCAUGAACGCCCGCGGUCGAGGAGGCGCGACCCGCGACGACGACUUCUGGACGCUUCGAGCCGCCGUCGGCGAGCGCGGCGUCGUCGGCGUCGACGCGACGACGGUGCCGCUGGACGACGAGGAGAGGAGCGAGCUGUUAUCGACGGAGAACGCGAUGGAAGAGGCGAGGGCGCUGUGGCUCGCCAACGACAGCUGGACGCGACGGAGACGCGCGCUGGAGGUGGUCAGCGCCGCGCUCAUCCUCGCCGGCGUCGUGCUGUUCAAGGUGAUGAUCUUCACGAUGUUUCUGCGCGCGGUUUCGCCCGCGGAGGGGAAGCGCACGAUGCGCUGGAGCGAACGGCGAGAGCUGUGGCUGUAUUUUUAUCCGUCGUUCGUCGGGAGCGCGUCGUACGUCGCGGGAUCGUACGUGUUGUGGUGCGCGGCGAACCGGAGCUGGCGGCCGCCGUGGACGCCGUCGAACGUCUCCACGUGGAUCGCGUGGCUGUCGUUCAUCGGAUCGCUGCUGUAUCUGAUCGGGUCGUGCCGGUGCCCGGAGUGGUUGAACCCGCCGCUGAAAGCGGUGGCGCCGUGGGCGAGCGACGGCGCGCCGACGCUCUUCGUCGGGUACUUCGUCGGAAGUUUGGUGUUCGCGGCGCAGAGCGCGCUGAUGAUUCACGAGAUCGCGUGCGCGGCGGAGGAGGCGAAACGACGCGCGGCGGAGAGCGGCUUGAGAAAUAGGGGGGGGGAUAGGUUGAUAUGA